AUGGCGGACGAAGAGCAGGCGCAGCACGAGCUGCCACCACAGUCGCCUAUCCAGUCGCAGCCGGAGGAUGCCACGUCUCCGGUCGAUGCCGCACCCCAGCCUACCACCACACAAGAGUCUGCCGAGCAGCCAGAAGCCGAACAGCCAGAUGUCGACGAGCUCCGAGCCGAGGACGGCCAUGGCAGCAUCGACGCAGCGCCGAGCACCUCGGCAGAUGCUAACUCGCUGACGACCGUCGUCCGCAGCGAGAACACGGACGCAGCUGCGCAGACCGCGGCGAUCUUUGACGAGGACGACGAAGACGACGACCAGGACCUGCCGAGCUUCCGUCGGCGCGAGGCGCGCGAUGCUGCCGAAGACGGCACCGUGCGCAAGAAGAAGAAGAAGCGCCACCACAGCCCGCUCGGAUCGCCUGUCCACGCGAGUGCAACCCGCGAGCCCGAGCCCGAAGAGGAGGAGGAUCCGUACGCCAACAUGACCGAAGCAGAGAUGCGACGCGCAAGGACGGACCGGAUGAUCGAGGAGGCGUUGCGAGCCGGCCGCAAGAAGGCACCGCGCAAGCGUGCGGGCGAAGACGACCUCGACCUGCUCGCGGACGAAGAGGUGGCCGCUCUGCGCCGCGAGAUGGUCAAUGCAGCCGACGAUGAUGAGGAGGCCAACAAGCUCAAGAAGCCCGCAACCAACAAGCUCAAGUUGCUCCCCAAGGUCGUCGCCACGCUCCAAAAGAACCAUCUGCAGCAGUCGAUUCUGGACAACAACCUGCUCGAGGGCGUCAAGCGUUGGCUGGAGCCGCUGCCGGACAAGUCGCUGCCGGCACUCAACAUCCAGCACCAGUUCUUCCAGAUCCUCGAACGCAUGACCAUCGACACCAUCUCGCUCAAGAUGUCGGGUCUGGGCAAGGUCGUGGUGUUCUACAGCAUGUGCAACCGCGUCGAGCCUUCCAUCAAGCGUUCCGCAGAGCACCUCAUCGAGGUAUGGUCACGACCGGUGUUGAAGCGUUCGUCGUCGUACCGCGAUCGUCACGUUGCGUCCGCCGAGUGGAACCCGGACGUGCUGGCGCGCACGCCCGCGACAGCCUCGCAGAUCGUCGACAACGGCCGUCGCAACGUCGGCAUCCCACAGGCCGUCACUGCCGGCUUCAGGGUCGCGCCCCAGUCCACCGCUGGCCAGAGGUCCGACUCGAGCCACGAAGCUCGUAUGGCCAACCACAAGAGGCUCAAUCAGUUCAAGUCGAGGCUUAAGGAGGCCAAGCGCUAG